AUGGAUGAUAUUGCUGAUUUUUUAGAUAUAAGUGAUAAUCCAAAUAAAAAUAAAAAAAUAAAUAAAGAUAAUGAAAAUAAAAAUAUGAAUAAAAAUAAAGCCCAAGAAAAAAUAGUUACACUUGAAAGUACACCGUUAAACUCUAUAAAAGAUUGUGAACACUUAGGAGAGAUAUUAGCAUUUAGAAUUAAAAAAAGUAAUGCAAAAAGUGUUGCUAUUGAAAGGUUUAUAUCAAUAAUUUUACAAGCAAGUGAAAUGAAAUUAGGAAAUAAAGAAUUAAUAAGUCUUAAUAGAAAAAUUCAAGAUAUGAUUGAUAAAAGAGAAAAAAAACAAAGAGAAUCUCUUGUAAAUAAAAAAAAACCAAAUGAAGUUAAAAAUUCAAUUAAAAAUUAUAAAGAUGAAGUUGAUAUGAUAUAUGGCGAUCUUUCUUAUGAUGAAGAAGAUUAUGAUGAUGAAUAUCCUGAAGACUUUUAA